UGUGGUUCAGGAUUUCAAUGAGUUUGGGCACAGCUGGAGGGUGUCUGAUGACAAGUGGCCAUGUGCUUCUGAUCCGCCUCCACCUCCACCACUGUGCCCCCCAGUCUUGGAACAAGAGGCUGAGCAGCACUGUGGGAUCCUCCUGGCUAAAGACGGACCAUUUCAAACUUGCCAUUCGUACAUCCCACCGGUGCAGUAUUUUGAGAGUUGUGUCUAUGACCAGUGUGCUACAACUGGAAGCUCUGAACAGCUCUGCAAUGCACUGGAAUCAUAUGCUGCAGCCUGUGAAAAUGCAGGAGUGAACCUUGGGGACUGGGAGAAAGACACUGUUUGCGAACGUCCCAUCGUCACAACACCAACUGCUGCAUCAACUCCAACAGCCCUGCCAGGAGGUUGUCCUAUGGACUGCAACUUUGACCGUGGCUUCUGUGAAUGGACCCAGUCUACAACGGACAGGUUUGACUGGACAAGAAUGCAAGGCUCAACACCUUCCCCAUACACAGGGCCGUCUUAUGACCACACCUCUGGAGGCGGCCACUACGUUUAUAUUGAAGGCAAUCUUGCUGACACAGGAGAUUUAGCUCAACUGGUCAGUCCUGAAUGCACGGCUACGGGGCCUCAUUGCUUCCGAUUCUGGUAUCACAUGUAUGGAGUUGCUCGCACCAUGGCCCUGAAUGUGUAUCUGGUGGAAAAUUCAACUCCAGUACUGAUGUGGACAGCAACAGGCAAUAAAGGAGACAGGUGGUAUUCAGCAGAGGUUGAACUGAACAUCUCAGGAAGAUUUAAGAUUAUCUUAGAAGGAGUGAGGGGCAAUGAUUAUCGAUCUGAUGUUGCUGUGGAUGAUGUGUCCAUUGAAUUCAGAUCUUGCUCAGGUACUACAACAGCCAAGCCCCCCCCCACACCCUCCCCAUCAACCACAACUACAACAGCAACAACCGUCACAACAAUAGGAUCCACGACUUCCGUGGAAACAGAGAGUGCCUGUGUUGUGUCGGGCGAUCCUCACUACCAGACCUUUGACAAGCAAAUGCAUCAUUUCAUGGGGAACUGUACCUACACAUUGUCCAAGAGGUGCAGUGCUCACAGCUCCUUGCCGUUCUUCAACGUUGAAGCUGCCAACGAAUACAGAAGAGGCAAUACGCGUGUAUCGUAUGUGAGCUAUGUGAACGUGGAGGUGGACAGCUACAGAAUCACACUGCAGAAGAACAGAGUAGUUAAGGUCAAUGGACAAAUGGAGAACGUGCCGGUGACAGUGACAUCAGGUUUACAUGUUGGACUAAGUGGCCGCUAUGUCAUGGUUUCCACUGGUUUUGGACUGCGAGUUAAAUUUGAUGGAGACCACAGAGUGGAGGUCACCCUGCCCAGUUCUUUCCGAGAGAAGGUUUGUGGAAUGUGCGGAAAUUACAAUGGAGAUCAAGCAGAUGAUUUCCUGAAUCCUGAUGGAGAAAUGGAACCAGACUCUACCAGCCUAGGCAACAGCUGGCAGGUUCACAAUGAGUCCAAUUGCUCAAGCGGUCCCGUAGUCUUACCAGAGUGCAGCGUGGAAGAGAAAGAAAUUAUUGAAAGCAAGAAUUACUGUGGUUUGAUCAUCGAUGAUCACGGGCCGUUCAAGAAAUGCCACUCGAAAGUAGCUCCAAGAGAUUACUUUGUGAAUUGUGUCUAUGACCUUUGUGAGCUCAACAUGGAUGUUGAUGCCCUGUGUAAGAGCCUGCAGUCCUAUGCAGAUAUGUGUCAAGCACAGGGGGUCGAUAUACCACCUUGGCGGAACUCAACAUUUUGUUCCAUACCGUGUGGACCAAACAGCCACUAUGAGCCGUGCAGCACUGCAUGCCCUGCCUCCUGUGUUAAUCCAAACGCUCCCUCCACUUGUAAUCUGCCUUGUGUUGAAGGCUGCGUCUGUGACAGUGGAUAUCUUCUGCACAACGACAGAUGUGUGUCCAGUAUGCAGUGUGGAUGCUGGCUUGAUGGAAAGCAUUACCCUGUUGGAUCUGAGUUCUGGACCGAUGACACUUGUUCAACGAAAUGCACGUGCCCUUCCCGAGGUGGGAAGUUAACGUGUUCCGCAACCUCAUGUCCAAAGGAUUAUUACUGCGGGAUUUCCAAUGGAGUGCCUGGCUGCUACCCGCAUACCUAUGGCAUCUGCAGGGUUCAUAAUGACCCUCACUACAACACAUUCGAUAAAGCUACCCAUCACUUCAUGGGCACUUGCACCUAUACAUUAGCCAAGCUCUGCACUAAUUCAUCCUCGCUCCCAUACUUCAACGUCGAAGCCAAGAAUGAAAAUCGGGGCCAUCCUUCCAUUUCCUAUGUGCAGCAAGUUCACAUAGAUGUUUACAAUCACAGAAUAUCCAUAGUGAGAGGGAACAUUAGUAGAGUCUUGGUCGGUGGUGUUUGGAGGACUCUUCCUGUCACGCUACUUGCAGGGGCGAUAACUGUGGGCAGGAGUGGGAGAUAUGUAGUUUUGGGGACCGAUUUCAAGCUCACAGUUUCUUAUGAUACUGAUCACACUGUAGAAGUGAAAGUGCCCAGCUCUUAUUUCAAUGGGACUUGUGGCAUGUGUGGCAAUUACAACAGUCUAAGAGGAGACGAGUACAUGAAACCUGAUGGGUCACAAGGAAAGGAUAGUAAUGAGCUUGGAAACAGUUGGCAGGUUGAAGAUGGUGAUUCCAGCUGUAUGCCCAAUCCUCCCCCAGACUUCUGUCUGCCAGAAGCAGAGGAACUCUAUGGAAGUGACAGUUUCUGUGGUCUGAUCACUAAAAAGGAUGGACCUUUUGCCAACUGUCUCUCUGUUGUUAAUCCGGAGAGCUUCUUUGAGAGCUGUGUUUUUGAUAUGUGUGCAUUAUCUGGAGCCCAUCAUUUGCUGUGUGAUGCUUUACAAGCAUAUGCAGAUGCCUGCCAGAGUGCUGGGGUGAACAUUCCACCAUGGAGAAAUACCACCUUCUGUCAAAUUCCAUGCCCAGCGAACAGCCAUUACAACGUCUGCUCAAGCGCCUGUCCUGCAACCUGCACAGAUCAGGGUGCGCCAGAGAACUGCAGCAGACCCUGCGUGGAGGGAUGCGAGUGCAACAGAGGGUUUGUACUCAGUGGAGGGAAAUGUGUUUCUCUUGACGCCUGUGGCUGCUGGCAUAAUGGCCAGUACUACGAGAAAGAUGAAGUUCUCAUGGAAGAAAACUGUGAAAGAAGGUGUCAAUGCCUGGGAAAUGCAUGGGUUUGCACUCCAAUGUCCUGUGGUCCUCAAGAAAUCUGCAAAGUUCAAAAUGGGCAUUUGGGAUGUUAUCCAGAAAGCACUGCUACUUGCCACAUCUACGGCGACCCACACUAUAAAACCUUUGAUGGGAAACUUUACCAUUUCCAAGGCGCUUGUAACUAUACAGUGACGGAGACCUGUGGAAAUACAUCCGUCAGCUUCACAGUUACGACUCGAAACGAGCACAGGGGUAAUCCAACGUGGACGGCCAUCAACUCUGUUGCUCUUCAACUUGAAGAUGUGCAUAUAGCCGUGAGAAAGAACAAUCUGGUUUAUGUGGAUGAGGUCCUGAAGACCACUCUUCCUUGGAGUCCCAGACCAGGGAUAAGUGUGUCUCAGAGUGGCUCUUAUGUGGUGAUUGACACCCACUUUGGCCUGCAGCUGAAGUUCAAUGGAGACCAUGAGCUUCUAGUCCACGUGAGGGAGAGGUACCAAGGGAAGCUGUGUGGACUGUGUGGCACUUACAGCAACAGCCAGAAAGAUGACUUUAUGAGACCAGAUAAAGUUGUGGUUCAGGAUUUCAAUGAGUUUGGGCACAGCUGGAGGGUGUCUGAUGACAAGUGGCCAUGUGCUUCUGAUCCGCCUCCACCUCCACCACUGUGCCCCCCAGUCUUGGAACAAGAGGCUGAGCAGCACUGUGGGAUCCUCCUGGCUAAAGACGGACCAUUUCAAACUUGCCAUUCGUACAUCCCACCGGUGCAGUAUUUUGAGAGUUGUGUCUAUGACCAGUGUGCUACAACUGGAAGCUCUGAACAGCUCUGCAAUGCACUGGAAUCAUAUGCUGCAGCCUGUGAAAAUGCAGGAGUGAACCUUGGGGACUGGGAGAAAGACACUGUUUGCGAACGUCCCAUCGUCACAACACCAACUGCUGCAUCAACUCCAACAGCCCUGCCAGGAGGUUGUCCUAUGGACUGCAACUUUGACCGUGGCUUCUGUGAAUGGACCCAGUCUACAACGGACAGGUUUGACUGGACAAGAAUGCAAGGCUCAACACCUUCCCCAUACACAGGGCCGUCUUAUGACCACACCUCUGGAGGCGGCCACUACGUUUAUAUUGAAGGCAAUCUUGCUGACACAGGAGAUUUAGCUCAACUGGUCAGUCCUGAAUGCACGGCUACGGGGCCUCAUUGCUUCCGAUUCUGGUAUCACAUGUAUGGAGUUGCUCGCACCAUGGCCCUGAAUGUGUAUCUGGUGGAAAAUUCAACUCCAGUACUGAUGUGGACAGCAACAGGCAAUAAAGGAGACAGGUGGUAUUCAGCAGAGGUUGAACUGAACAUCUCAGGAAGAUUUAAGAUUAUCUUAGAAGGAGUGAGGGGCAAUGAUUAUCGAUCUGAUGUUGCUGUGGAUGAUGUGUCCAUUGAAUUCAGAUCUUGCUCAGGUACUACAACAGCCAAGCCCCCCCCCACACCCUCCCCAUCAACCACAACUACAACAGCAACAACCGUCACAACAAUAGGAUCCACGACUUCCGUGGAAACAGAGAGUGCCUGUGUUGUGUCGGGCGAUCCUCACUACCAGACCUUUGACAAGCAAAUGCAUCAUUUCAUGGGGAACUGUACCUACACAUUGUCCAAGAGGUGCAGUGCUCACAGCUCCUUGCCGUUCUUCAACGUUGAAGCUGCCAACGAAUACAGAAGAGGCAAUACGCGUGUAUCGUAUGUGAGCUAUGUGAACGUGGAGGUGGACAGCUACAGAAUCACACUGCAGAAGAACAGAGUAGUUAAGGUCAAUGGACAAAUGGAGAACGUGCCGGUGACAGUGACAUCAGGUUUACAUGUUGGACUAAGUGGCCGCUAUGUCAUGGUUUCCACUGGUUUUGGACUGCGAGUUAAAUUUGAUGGAGACCACAGAGUGGAGGUCACCCUGCCCAGUUCUUUCCGAGAGAAGGUUUGUGGAAUGUGCGGAAAUUACAAUGGAGAUCAAGCAGAUGAUUUCCUGAAUCCUGAUGGAGAAAUGGAACCAGACUCUACCAGCCUAGGCAACAGCUGGCAGGUUCACAAUGAGUCCAAUUGCUCAAGCGGUCCCGUAGUCUUACCAGAGUGCAGCGUGGAAGAGAAAGAAAUUAUUGAAAGCAAGAAUUACUGUGGUUUGAUCAUCGAUGAUCACGGGCCGUUCAAGAAAUGCCACUCGAAAGUAGCUCCAAGAGAUUACUUUGUGAAUUGUGUCUAUGACCUUUGUGAGCUCAACAUGGAUGUUGAUGCCCUGUGUAAGAGCCUGCAGUCCUAUGCAGAUAUGUGUCAAGCACAGGGGGUCGAUAUACCACCUUGGCGGAACUCAACAUUUUGUUCCAUACCGUGUGGACCAAACAGCCACUAUGAGCCGUGCAGCACUGCAUGCCCUGCCUCCUGUGUUAAUCCAAACGCUCCCUCCACUUGUAAUCUGCCUUGUGUUGAAGGCUGCGUCUGUGACAGUGGAUAUCUUCUGCACAACGACAGAUGUGUGUCCAGUAUGCAGUGUGGAUGCUGGCUUGAUGGAAAGCAUUACCCUGUUGGAUCUGAGUUCUGGACCGAUGACACUUGUUCAACGAAAUGCACGUGCCCUUCCCGAGGUGGGAAGUUAACGUGUUCCGCAACCUCAUGUCCAAAGGAUUAUUACUGCGGGAUUUCCAAUGGAGUGCCUGGCUGCUACCCGCAUACCUAUGGCAUCUGCAGGGUUCAUAAUGACCCUCACUACAACACAUUCGAUAAAGCUACCCAUCACUUCAUGGGCACUUGCACCUAUACAUUAGCCAAGCUCUGCACUAAUUCAUCCUCGCUCCCAUACUUCAACGUCGAAGCCAAGAAUGAAAAUCGGGGCCAUCCUUCCAUUUCCUAUGUGCAGCAAGUUCACAUAGAUGUUUACAAUCACAGAAUAUCCAUAGUGAGAGGGAACAUUAGUAGAGUCUUGGUCGGUGGUGUUUGGAGGACUCUUCCUGUCACGCUACUUGCAGGGGCGAUAACUGUGGGCAGGAGUGGGAGAUAUGUAGUUUUGGGGACCGAUUUCAAGCUCACAGUUUCUUAUGAUACUGAUCACACUGUAGAAGUGAAAGUGCCCAGCUCUUAUUUCAAUGGGACUUGUGGCAUGUGUGGCAAUUACAACAGUCUAAGAGGAGACGAGUACAUGAAACCUGAUGGGUCACAAGGAAAGGAUAGUAAUGAGCUUGGAAACAGUUGGCAGGUUGAAGAUGGUGAUUCCAGCUGUAUGCCCAAUCCUCCCCCAGACUUCUGUCUGCCAGAAGCAGAGGAACUCUAUGGAAGUGACAGUUUCUGUGGUCUGAUCACUAAAAAGGAUGGACCUUUUGCCAACUGUCUCUCUGUUGUUAAUCCGGAGAGCUUCUUUGAGAGCUGUGUUUUUGAUAUGUGUGCAUUAUCUGGAGCCCAUCAUUUGCUGUGUGAUGCUUUACAAGCAUAUGCAGAUGCCUGCCAGAGUGCUGGGGUGAACAUUCCACCAUGGAGAAAUACCACCUUCUGUCAAAUUCCAUGCCCAGCGAACAGCCAUUACAACGUCUGCUCAAGCGCCUGUCCUGCAACCUGCACAGAUCAGGGUGCGCCAGAGAACUGCAGCAGACCCUGCGUGGAGGGAUGCGAGUGCAACAGAGGGUUUGUACUCAGUGGAGGGAAAUGUGUUUCUCUUGACGCCUGUGGCUGCUGGCAUAAUGGCCAGUACUACGAGAAAGAUGAAGUUCUCAUGGAAGAAAACUGUGAAAGAAGGUGUCAAUGCCUGGGAAAUGCAUGGGUUUGCACUCCAAUGUCCUGUGGUCCUCAAGAAAUCUGCAAAGUUCAAAAUGGGCAUUUGGGAUGUUAUCCAGAAAGCACUGCUACUUGCCACAUCUACGGCGACCCACACUAUAAAACCUUUGAUGGGAAACUUUACCAUUUCCAAGGCGCUUGUAACUAUACAGUGACGGAGACCUGUGGAAAUACAUCCGUCAGCUUCACAGUUACGACUCGAAACGAGCACAGGGGUAAUCCAACGUGGACGGCCAUCAACUCUGUUGCUCUUCAACUUGAAGAUGUGCAUAUAGCCGUGAGAAAGAACAAUCUGGUUUAUGUGGAUGAGGUCCUGAAGACCACUCUUCCUUGGAGUCCCAGACCAGGGAUAAGUGUGUCUCAGAGUGGCUCUUAUGUGGUGAUUGACACCCACUUUGGCCUGCAGCUGAAGUUCAAUGGAGACCAUGAGCUUCUAGUCCACGUGAGGGAGAGGUACCAAGGGAAGCUGUGUGGACUGUGUGGCACUUACAGCAACAGCCAGAAAGAUGACUUUAUGAGACCAGAUAAAGUUGUGGUUCAGGAUUUCAAUGAGUUUGGGCACAGCUGGAGGGUGUCUGAUGACAAGUGGCCAUGUGCUUCUGAUCCGCCUCCACCUCCACCACUGUGCCCCCCAGUCUUGGAACAAGAGGCUGAGCAGCACUGUGGGAUCCUCCUGGCUAAAGACGGACCAUUUCAAACUUGCCAUUCGUACAUCCCACCGGUGCAGUAUUUUGAGAGUUGUGUCUAUGACCAGUGUGCUACAACUGGAAGCUCUGAACAGCUCUGCAAUGCACUGGAAUCAUAUGCUGCAGCCUGUGAAAAUGCAGGAGUGAACCUUGGGGACUGGGAGAAAGACACUGUUUGCGAACGUCCCAUCGUCACAACACCAACUGCUGCAUCAACUCCAACAGCCCUGCCAGGAGGUUGUCCUAUGGACUGCAACUUUGACCGUGGCUUCUGUGAAUGGACCCAGUCUACAACGGACAGGUUUGACUGGACAAGAAUGCAAGGCUCAACACCUUCCCCAUACACAGGGCCGUCUUAUGACCACACCUCUGGAGGCGGCCACUACGUUUAUAUUGAAGGCAAUCUUGCUGACACAGGAGAUUUAGCUCAACUGGUCAGUCCUGAAUGCACGGCUACGGGGCCUCAUUGCUUCCGAUUCUGGUAUCACAUGUAUGGAGUUGCUCGCACCAUGGCCCUGAAUGUGUAUCUGGUGGAAAAUUCAACUCCAGUACUGAUGUGGACAGCAACAGGCAAUAAAGGAGACAGGUGGUAUUCAGCAGAGGUUGAACUGAACAUCUCAGGAAGAUUUAAGAUUAUCUUAGAAGGAGUGAGGGGCAAUGAUUAUCGAUCUGAUGUUGCUGUGGAUGAUGUGUCCAUUGAAUUCAGAUCUUGCUCAGGUACUACAACAGCCAAGCCCCCCCCCACACCCUCCCCAUCAACCACAACUACAACAGCAACAACCGUCACAACAAUAGGAUCCACGACUUCCGUGGAAACAGAGAGUGCCUGUGUUGUGUCGGGCGAUCCUCACUACCAGACCUUUGACAAGCAAAUGCAUCAUUUCAUGGGGAACUGUACCUACACAUUGUCCAAGAGGUGCAGUGCUCACAGCUCCUUGCCGUUCUUCAACGUUGAAGCUGCCAACGAAUACAGAAGAGGCAAUACGCGUGUAUCGUAUGUGAGCUAUGUGAACGUGGAGGUGGACAGCUACAGAAUCACACUGCAGAAGAACAGAGUAGUUAAGGUCAAUGGACAAAUGGAGAACGUGCCGGUGACAGUGACAUCAGGUUUACAUGUUGGACUAAGUGGCCGCUAUGUCAUGGUUUCCACUGGUUUUGGACUGCGAGUUAAAUUUGAUGGAGACCACAGAGUGGAGGUCACCCUGCCCAGUUCUUUCCGAGAGAAGGUUUGUGGAAUGUGCGGAAAUUACAAUGGAGAUCAAGCAGAUGAUUUCCUGAAUCCUGAUGGAGAAAUGGAACCAGACUCUACCAGCCUAGGCAACAGCUGGCAGGUUCACAAUGAGUCCAAUUGCUCAAGCGGUCCCGUAGUCUUACCAGAGUGCAGCGUGGAAGAGAAAGAAAUUAUUGAAAGCAAGAAUUACUGUGGUUUGAUCAUCGAUGAUCACGGGCCGUUCAAGAAAUGCCACUCGAAAGUAGCUCCAAGAGAUUACUUUGUGAAUUGUGUCUAUGACCUUUGUGAGCUCAACAUGGAUGUUGAUGCCCUGUGUAAGAGCCUGCAGUCCUAUGCAGAUAUGUGUCAAGCACAGGGGGUCGAUAUACCACCUUGGCGGAACUCAACAUUUUGUUCCAUACCGUGUGGACCAAACAGCCACUAUGAGCCGUGCAGCACUGCAUGCCCUGCCUCCUGUGUUAAUCCAAACGCUCCCUCCACUUGUAAUCUGCCUUGUGUUGAAGGCUGCGUCUGUGACAGUGGAUAUCUUCUGCACAACGACAGAUGUGUGUCCAGUAUGCAGUGUGGAUGCUGGCUUGAUGGAAAGCAUUACCCUGUUGGAUCUGAGUUCUGGACCGAUGACACUUGUUCAACGAAAUGCACGUGCCCUUCCCGAGGUGGGAAGUUAACGUGUUCCGCAACCUCAUGUCCAAAGGAUUAUUACUGCGGGAUUUCCAAUGGAGUGCCUGGCUGCUACCCGCAUACCUAUGGCAUCUGCAGGGUUCAUAAUGACCCUCACUACAACACAUUCGAUAAAGCUACCCAUCACUUCAUGGGCACUUGCACCUAUACAUUAGCCAAGCUCUGCACUAAUUCAUCCUCGCUCCCAUACUUCAACGUCGAAGCCAAGAAUGAAAAUCGGGGCCAUCCUUCCAUUUCCUAUGUGCAGCAAGUUCACAUAGAUGUUUACAAUCACAGAAUAUCCAUAGUGAGAGGGAACAUUAGUAGAGUCUUGGUCGGUGGUGUUUGGAGGACUCUUCCUGUCACGCUACUUGCAGGGGCGAUAACUGUGGGCAGGAGUGGGAGAUAUGUAGUUUUGGGGACCGAUUUCAAGCUCACAGUUUCUUAUGAUACUGAUCACACUGUAGAAGUGAAAGUGCCCAGCUCUUAUUUCAAUGGGACUUGUGGCAUGUGUGGCAAUUACAACAGUCUAAGAGGAGACGAGUACAUGAAACCUGAUGGGUCACAAGGAAAGGAUAGUAAUGAGCUUGGAAACAGUUGGCAGGUUGAAGAUGGUGAUUCCAGCUGUAUGCCCAAUCCUCCCCCAGACUUCUGUCUGCCAGAAGCAGAGGAACUCUAUGGAAGUGACAGUUUCUGUGGUCUGAUCACUAAAAAGGAUGGACCUUUUGCCAACUGUCUCUCUGUUGUUAAUCCGGAGAGCUUCUUUGAGAGCUGUGUUUUUGAUAUGUGUGCAUUAUCUGGAGCCCAUCAUUUGCUGUGUGAUGCUUUACAAGCAUAUGCAGAUGCCUGCCAGAGUGCUGGGGUGAACAUUCCACCAUGGAGAAAUACCACCUUCUGUCAAAUUCCAUGCCCAGCGAACAGCCAUUACAACGUCUGCUCAAGCGCCUGUCCUGCAACCUGCACAGAUCAGGGUGCGCCAGAGAACUGCAGCAGACCCUGCGUGGAGGGAUGCGAGUGCAACAGAGGGUUUGUACUCAGUGGAGGGAAAUGUGUUUCUCUUGACGCCUGUGGCUGCUGGCAUAAUGGCCAGUACUACGAGAAAGAUGAAGUUCUCAUGGAAGAAAACUGUGAAAGAAGGUGUCAAUGCCUGGGAAAUGCAUGGGUUUGCACUCCAAUGUCCUGUGGUCCUCAAGAAAUCUGCAAAGUUCAAAAUGGGCAUUUGGGAUGUUAUCCAGAAAGCACUGCUACUUGCCACAUCUACGGCGACCCACACUAUAAAACCUUUGAUGGGAAACUUUACCAUUUCCAAGGCGCUUGUAACUAUACAGUGACGGAGACCUGUGGAAAUACAUCCGUCAGCUUCACAGUUACGACUCGAAACGAGCACAGGGGUAAUCCAACGUGGACGGCCAUCAACUCUGUUGCUCUUCAACUUGAAGAUGUGCAUAUAGCCGUGAGAAAGAACAAUCUGGUUUAUGUGGAUGAGGUCCUGAAGACCACUCUUCCUUGGAGUCCCAGACCAGGGAUAAGUGUGUCUCAGAGUGGCUCUUAUGUGGUGAUUGACACCCACUUUGGCCUGCAGCUGAAGUUCAAUGGAGACCAUGAGCUUCUAGUCCACGUGAGGGAGAGGUACCAAGGGAAGCUGUGUGGACUGUGUGGCACUUACAGCAACAGCCAGAAAGAUGACUUUAUGAGACCAGAUAAAGUUGUGGUUCAGGAUUUCAAUGAGUUUGGGCACAGCUGGAGGGUGUCUGAUGACAAGUGGCCAUGUGCUUCUGAUCCGCCUCCACCUCCACCACUGUGCCCCCCAGUCUUGGAACAAGAGGCUGAGCAGCACUGUGGGAUCCUCCUGGCUAAAGACGGACCAUUUCAAACUUGCCAUUCGUACAUCCCACCGGUGCAGUAUUUUGAGAGUUGUGUCUAUGACCAGUGUGCUACAACUGGAAGCUCUGAACAGCUCUGCAAUGCACUGGAAUCAUAUGCUGCAGCCUGUGAAAAUGCAGGAGUGAACCUU